CCAACGCUACACUCUCCUCCCCUCCCCUUCCUUACCCUCAUGCGGGCGUUGUGCCUUGUCCUCGCCUCUGUAUGCUGCUCUGCCUAUGCCAGCUCCUCUUGGGACUUGCGCGACUAUCCCUAUCCAGACCACCGCUACGCCGCCCGCUCUCUUGAGCGCCGCUCGAUCAUUACCGAUGCUGACGUCCAGAGCUCAUAUGAUUUCAUAAUCGUCGGUGGUGGCACCGCUGGGCUUGUCCUUGCCUCUCGUCUGUCAGAGGACUCCAAUCACACAGUCCUCGUUCUUGAAGCAGGGGACACUGGUGAUGCCGUCCGCGACAUAAUUGAUACGCCAGGUGACACCUACUAUGACGGCCUCAUGGGCUCCUCUUACGACUGGUCCUUUACUACUUCCGCACAGUCCGGUGCUGCUGGCCGAUCUAUCAGCUGGCCCCGCGGCAAAGUGCUCGGCGGCUCAUCUGCCGUCAACGGCUUAUAUGCUGUUCGGCCUUCCAAGCUGGAAUACGAUGCUUGGGUCGGGAUGCUCGAAAACGCAACUGGUGCAAACGCGUGGGCUUGGGACACCCAAUUUGCCGCAUACAAGAAGAGCGAAACAUUUACUGCUCCUGAUAGCGGACUGGCAAAUGCGUUCACCUUGCAGUUCAACACUGACAGUCAUGGAACAAGUGGUCCCGUUGAUGUGUCAUGGCCUAGCUUCCAACUUCCUGUCGUUGGCAACUGGUCCUCGACGCUGGCAGCUGCGGGUAUCCCAACUAAUUCAGACCCUUACGGCGGCUCGAACCACGGUGCCUUCAUCGCACUUUCCGCAUUAAACCCGACAAACUCUACUCGCUCAUAUUCCAGGUCUGCGUACAUUGAUCCACUUCCGCCACGCUCGAAUCUUGCGAUCCUUCCAAAUGCGACCGUCACGAAGAUUGUUUUCUCUAAUUCGAAUUCGGGUAAUAUCACCGCAACUGGUGUGACCUACCAGCUAUCUAGCUCUAGUCCAGCACGCACCAUCUCGGUAAACAAGGAAGUUAUCCUAGCAGGCGGUGCGAUAGGCUCUUCGCACGUUCUCAUGCUUAGUGGUGUUGGGCCAUCGGACGUUCUCCAGUCGGCUGGUGUCAAUGUUGUACUCUCGCUUCCUGGCGUAGGACAGCACCUGCAAGAUCAUAUUGCUGCUGGUGUCUCAUUCACCACUACCGCGGAGACGGUUGCAGCUUUGCGCGACAGUGGCCGUAAUGAUCCUAGCUUCCUAGGCUACGUAAAUGCAGCGGAGGCAUAUAUCAACGUAUCCACACUCUUCGGAAAUGAACAGGCAACGACGUACCAGCAGAACGUUAAGGGCCAGAUUGACUCACUUGCGAACAGUCUUGUCCCGAGCAACGACGAUACCGUCAAAGCGGGUUACAAGGUCAUCUCGACGGCAAUCACCGACAACUUUAUGCUAAGCGAACUGGGCCAUGUCGAGUUGCUGCUAAGUGCGCAAGGUCAGAAGGGUCAACAGAGCCAGACUAUGAUGAUUCAGUGCGCUCUGCAGCACCCGUUGAGCCAAGGGCACAUUUACAUUACGUCGACGGAUCCGUUUGCGCCGCCAGUGAUUGACCCUGCAUAUCUUUCUCAUCCAUUCGAUGUCACUGCUUUGCGCGAGGGUCUUAAGUUCGCUCGCACGGUCGCGCAGACUCCGCCGCUUUCACAAUACUUCCCUUCGGAGACGUUCCCAGGCUCGAGCGUUUCAAGCGACCAGGACUGGGAGAACUGGCUCAAACAGAACAUUCAGACGGAAUACCACCCCGCAAACACCCUUGCUAUGCUACCACUCGAUAAAGGUGGGGUUGUCGACCCUAAACUACGGGUGUAUGGUACAAGCAACGUACGUGUGGCAGAUGCUAGCGUGUUCCCCAUACAAUUUGCGGCACACUUGCAGAUGAGUGUGUAUGCACUUGCGGAGACGGCCUCAGAGAUAAUAAGAGCAGAAUGGAACGGUGGAAUCGCUCCGGGAGAUUCGUCCAGUGGAACAGGGACGAGUACUGGUGCGUCCGCGACCGGGACGUCGUCACAACAGAGCGCAAAUGCCGCAUUGCACACGAAGCCCGUUUUUGCAUAUACUUGUGCUUUAAUUGCACUUAGCGCUGCUCUUGCUCUGUAGAACACCUUUUCGCCAUACCUCUUCGUUUCCUUCGUACCCUCACUUAUUACGUGCAAUCUUCUUCCUCCUGCAUUUACACUUGGGACCCGGGUUCAUUCUGAUACCAGACUUUACAAGUUACCCCUUUCUUAUUUUACGAUCACUCGGACUUUGGACUCAUAGUAGCCUACCUUGAACAAAUCUUAUUGUCCGUGUCUUUCUAUUCUUAUCCCAUCAUUUGCCUUUGUACGACCUGGUGUUCAUCCUUCCUCCUUUCCCUUUUACCAGUCAGUAAUGGCGUAAAGACACGGCGCCAGGACCGCAUUCACAUAUCCUUACUUGCCCAGGUCACCCUUUAACGGACUCUUCAUCCUUUCCUUCACAAUAAUAUAAUACCGACCAAAUUAUCGAUUCGCUCGUCCUGAUUGACGUCCACUCUCUUUCAACUACGAUCUCUUUCCAACAAGUCCCACUCCGCUCCUUUCACUCACUAUCCUUUGAAAUCAAACUGAGGACAGGUCUGAAAUUACUAAUGUUAACAACGACUGAGUUGGAUUAAGCCUGUAUCAGUGUAGCGUAGACUUGUAUUGAAAAGAAAUAACGAGUCCUUGCGCCGACAUCUUGCAUGGACUAAGGUACAUAUCGCAUACCCUUGAAGGUCUAGUUACCUGACAACCGGGAGGGCAUGAAAACGGCUCCCGAGCUGCAUGACACAUUCGGUACUCCGAGUCGGUUCCCCGUGAGUCGGGCCAGGAAGGAACAUUCAUGUUCCGAGUGUGCGAUGUCGGUUGUUUCGUCUGAAAUAGAAUACUUUGUGUCCAUGUUAAUCUCUCACACAUGGACAUGAAUCACCGUACUCGUAUAAUCUCGGAGGAUUUGCCCCUGAGAUGUCGUGCAAGUUCUCGAACGUUUGCUUCUCUUCGAUUCCAUGCAAAUGGGAUCGACUGGUGGCCGAAGAACGCGGGUACAUAUAUUUUUUCAUGCAUGGAAGUUUGGCAGACAAUAUUACUUUCAG